AUGCAGACCGUUCCAGAGAAGUGGCGGGACACCCCGUCGGACCGAGUGGACGAGAAGGGGGCACCGGCGCCCUGGGAGGGACAGACGCUCUUCCAGAGGAACGGCACCGGAGCUCCUGCGAAGGGUGCGUCGGACGCCGCGUCCCCGGAGGAGGUGAGCGGGAAGGGGGCCGAGGCGGAGAGGGAGUCCCUGAUGAUGGAGCUGACCAGGCUGGUGCAGAGGACUGUGAAGGAGAGCAGCUGGUGGGAGAGGAGAGGCAUCGACUGUGCCAUCCUGGCCGCAGCGUUCCUGACCCUGCCCGUAGCCUUCUACCUCCUCAGCUCUUCUCAGGUGCUGCUGUUCGCUCUGGGGAUGCUGGUCAUGGGUGUCGCCCAUGGCAUCAUCACCAUCAAAGGGACCCACCUGGCCAGUCAUGGGUCACUUAGCGAGUCUCAAGCCUGGGGCGAGUUCUGGGCCGUCUUCUUCAUCGAGGUGUGCGGCUCAUUCACGGCCCGAACAGGUGUCCAGGCUCACAUUAAGAUGCAUCACGCGCACACCAACGUCAUCGGCCUGGGCGACUCCAGCACCUGGAAGGCACCCUUCCUCCCGCGGAGCAUCUACCUGUUCAUUGCCCCCCUGGCCAUGCCCAUCAUGACACCACUGGUGGCCUUAGGUCAGCUGAAAGACCACUCCCUGGCCCUGGCCUUGCGGACGGUGCUCAUGGUGGCCCUGGGCGUGUACUCUCAGUACUGGCUACUGCUGCAUGUGUCCGGUUUCCAGUCCCCGGCCAGCGCACUGCUCUGCAUGCUGGUGUGCAGGGCCAUGUUCUCCAUGCCCUACAUCCACGUCAAUAUCUUUCAGCACAUCGGGCUGCCCAUGUUCUCUCCGACGCGGCGGCCCAAGCGCAUCUACCAGAUGACCCACGGAGUGCUGAACCUCCCACGGAACCCACUGCUGGACUGGAUCUUUGGUCACUCCCUCAUCAACUGCCACGUGGAGCACCACCUCUUCCCCUUCCUCUCCGACAACAUGUGCCUAAAGGUGAAGCCCAUUGUCUCCAAGUACUUGAAAGAGAGGGAGCUGCCGUACCAGGAGGAUAGUUACGUCUCCCGUCUGCGCCUGUUCUUCCACCGGUACCAGGAGUUCAUGGUGUACGCGCCUCCCAUCACCGAGCUCGUCGGGGUGCAGUGACGGACUCCUGACGGGGAAGAGAGGAGGAGGAGGAGGAGGAGGAGGGAAGAAGAAGAAGUAGAAGAGGAAAGAAGAAGAGAGAGACUCUUUGUUUAUUCUGAAGCACAAUAACAAAUGCACACAGAGUGAGAAUGAAAGAGAGAGAGAGAGAGAGAGAGAGAGAGA